AGAAAAGGGAAGACGAAAGCCUCGACCUCUACCGGUCUACCUGCUCCACUCCCUUCACCUCUUCUCUUCUUCCUUGCCCUCUCGUUGCAGUCGUAGCUGCAGAGAUGAGUAGUCCCUCCACGUCGCUCGUGGCGGCGGCGCUGCUGCUGCUCCUGUCGCUGGCCGCGGCGGCGGACAUGUCGAUCGUGUCCUACGGGGAGAGAAGCGAGGAGGAGACGCUGCGGAUGUACGUCGAGUGGAUGGCGCGCCACGGCAAGGCGUACAACGCCAUCGGCGAGGAGGAGCGCAGGUACCAGGUGUUCAAGGACAACCUCCGGUACAUCGACGCCCACAACGCCGCCGCCGACGCCGGGGUCCACUCCUUCCGCCUCGGCCUCAACCGCUUCGCCGACCUCACUAACGAGGAGUACCGCGCAACCUACCUCGGCGUCAGGACCAAGCCGCAGAGGGAGAGGAAGGUCAGCGCAAGGUACCAGGCUGACGACAACGAGGAGCUGCCGGACUCCGUCGACUGGAGGACCAAGGGGGCCGUCGCCGAGGUCAAGGACCAGGGCAGCUGCGGGAGUUGCUGGGCUUUCUCAGCAAUAGCUGCUGUGGAAGGCAUCAACCAUAUUGUUACGGGCGACAUGAUCUCGUUGUCUGAGCAGGAGCUUGUCGACUGUGACACUUCAUACAACCAGGGGUGCAAUGGAGGUCUGAUGGACUACGCGUUCGAGUUCAUCAUUAACAAUGGUGGAAUCGACACGGAGGAGGACUAUCCUUACAAGGGUUCGGACAACCGUUGCGAUGUCAACAGGAAAAAUGCAAAGGUUGUUACGAUUGACAGCUAUGAAGAUGUAACACCGAACAGUGAGAAGAGUCUGCAGAAGGCGGUUGCGAACCAGCCCGUCAGUGUUGCGAUUGAGGCCGGUGGCAGAGCGUUUCAGCUCUAUAGCUCGGGUAUCUUCACUGGAACCUGUGGAACAGCGCUGGACCACGGUGUCACGGCCAUUGGCUACGGCACAGAGAACGGCAAGGACUACUGGAUCGUGAAGAACUCGUGGGGCGGCAGCUGGGGUGAGUCCGGCUACGUCCGGAUGGAGCGCAACAUCAAGGCGUCCAGCGGAAAAUGCGGCAUCGCCGUCGAGCCGUCCUACCCCCUCAAGAAGGGCGAGAACCCCCCGAACCCCGGCCCGACGCCGCCGUCCCCGACCCCGCCGCCCACCGUCUGCGACAACUACUAUACCUGCCCCGAGAGCACCACCUGCUGCUGCAUCUACGAGUACGGCAAGUCCUGCUUCGCCUGGGGCUGCUGCCCGCUCGAGGGGGCCACCUGUUGCGACGAUCACUACAGCUGCUGCCCUCAUGACUACCCCAUCUGCAAUGUCCAGCAGGGAACCUGCCUCAUGGGCAAGGACAGCCCACUCUCAGUGAAGGCUCUGAAGCGUACUCUGGCCAAGCCACACUGGGCUUUCUUUGGUAACAAUGCAGCUGGUGGCAGGAAGAGCAGCGCGUGAACAAUCGCAGCAUGAUGUUAGGCCGUCAACAGCAAUGGUGAUUAGCUCCUGCAAAUGAUCACAUGGCCGUGAAGCGCGGCGCGGCGGCCGCUGUUUAAGUAUAACCGUACAAUAGGUGCUCCUGUACAUAAGCCUGGAAGAAUGGGUUCGGUUGUUUACAGAACUGCCAAAUUUGCUUUUGCAUAUAUAUGCAGAAUUCAGAUAGCUUUGCUAAGCUCCUCACCGAGCAGUUCGACAGAACUGCGAUUGAUGUUAUAUAUGGAAAUUGAUAAUGGAACAAGAUGCAAUCAUGUGCUUUAUUUGA